AUGGAAAUUUCUGGGCGAGAAGUUUACUGUGAAUCGGAUAAAGAGUCAUACGAUUCCGAUGAUUCACAAGCUGACCCAAAUUUUGAUAUCCUUGAGGAGACUCGAUCCAGUUUCUUGAACCUCAGGAUCAAGAAAAAAACCAAAUGCAGUUCUGAAAAGGAAAUGGAGGAGAACAUUGAGGAAGAUGCAGAUGUUAUUGAGUUCGAUGAGAAGGAUCAGAAAAGUUACGAAACUGUUCGAAAAUUCAUUGAAGGUGGCAUGAUUAUGAAAUUAAAAGUCGAUCAGUGCAAAGUUUAUCUGAGGAAGCAUGGACUGAGAUUGACAGGCAAUAAAGAUACCCUUAUACAACGGAUUAAGGAGCAUCUCGAUAUUGUUGAUAAUGGUGGGGAGAAAAAGUAUCCGGCUUCUAUUUUCGUGCUUAAUUGCAAAGGUGAUGCAUGCACAGGAGAUGUAGUUAUGUUUGAACAGAAUGUGUAUGAAAUGUUCAGCAUUGCAUCUAGGAGUGCAAACGGUCCUCCAUGCGGUACACGGGUUGUUGCAGGACGGAUUGUGAAGGAGAGCUAUGGGGCUGCUAAGCAGCAACAUACAUUUACGAUUGAAGUGUUGUGGAGCAAAGGGGAGAAACCUCUGCCUCCACUUCAUCCCCUCCUGAUCAAAGGCAGGAACCUCUACAGGUUAAAAACAAUGAGACGGAGAUGGGAAGAUGAAGGGGAAAGACAGAAAAUUAUAUCAGAAAAGCAUGCUAGAGGAUCCAUGGCACGCUCAGAUCGGGAAGCACGUAUAAAAGAGAAGGAAAUGCAAAAGUUGCACAAAUCAAAUAGGGUGGCAAGAAUGGAAAACCAGAAUAAACACAGGAAGUCAUCUGAUUCUAUACCAAUGAACCCAGAGAAACAGGGAAACCAACCUCAAAAGCUGCAGGAGAAAAAGAAUGCUGCACAGGAAGAGCAAUAUUCUCAACAGGAGUAUUACCGUCCCAAAACUUGUGGAGUGAGCAUUCUGCAGCAGAAAGAAAGUUUGCUCGGAAAGCCCAACAAUCCUUCAAAUGCAUAUGUGUUGCCAGAAAGGCUCCAUCAGAGGCAACCUUUCACUGUCGUGAAUUGCAGUUUCCCUUGGACUCCAAACAGGAAUUUACAGUACAAUAACUUCAACGCUUCAAGGAGUCCAAACAGGAAUUUACAGUACAAUAACUUCAACACUUCAAGGAGUCCAAUUCGAGUGCAAACCCAAAGCUACAAUCGAAACUCCAAUUAUCAGCAGAUUCCAAUACUAAACCACACUUUUGAAGAAAAUCAAAAUAAUAAUUACACAAGGAGUUCAUUACAGGGACCUGGUCCUAUGAGCAAUUCAGUACAAAUUCAUGCUUUUCGCACUCGGGAGAACUUCAAUGCAACUAGGAAUCCAGUCCAAAGGCAAGGCCCUGAAAGAAAGCAGGCGUGCAGAUUUUUUGCUCAAGGAAUAUGUCAUUAUGGAGAUAGGUGCAAGUAUUUACAUGAUCAUGUAGGAAAGUAG